AUGGUAUCACGCAAGGUAUAUAAUAUGUGCCAGCGGCAUACUGUGACCUCAGAGUUGGCCCGUGACCCAUCGCAAUGUCCACAGGAGGUCUUUCAUGAGUUGUUCGAGAGCCAUCAUGCGUCGCAUAAAUAUGAUGGCGUUGACUUGGAAAUAUCAGAUGUCAACAAAGCAUCGGAGUGGGAAACAAUGAAUGAAUUGCAGAAAGCUCGCGCUUGUGGGAACUUCGGGUCUGUGGAAACGAGUGAUCUAUUCCUGAAGGUCUAUCAUGACGCCUUAUGUUGCUUGGAAGAAAACCCAAUGUCUGGCGUUGUAUCGCCCCGGCUGAUGGGGAGCACAGGAGUUCUACCACUGACAAUUGUCGGCCCUUUACCUGAUCUCUGUCGCCAUUUAGCGAACUGUAUCGUGCAUGCUGAACAUGAAGUCUUUUUGGGGACCAAUUUCUGGAUCUACUCGGACGCAUCGACAUUAGUGACAAAUGCCAUCCGAGAGCUAUCCAAACGAGCAGGAGAAAGGGGCCAGAAAAUAGUGAUGAAGAUGAUAUAUGAUCGCGGAGAUCCUCGCCAGGCAUGGGAAAAUAGAUUGCGUGUCCGCGAAGAACAAUAUAUCGCUGGAAAAGUGAGGCUACCUCCUGCAAGCGAGAUCCCUAAUGUUGACCUCCAAGUCAUCAACUUCCACCGGCCUGUCUUUGGAACUUUCCAUGCAAAAUUCACUGUUAUUGACAGGCGAAUGGCUAUCAUACAAAGCAGCAAUAUUCAAGACAACGAUAACCUUGAGAUGCUAGCUCAUAUCGAGGGGCCGAUUGUUGAUUCUUUCUAUGAUACUGCUUUGCUGUCGUGGGGAAAGGUUCUCGACCCUCCGUUUCCACUUCUGAACUCUCCAGCCAGGGAUGCUCUGAUACCAUGCCACGAAGCAAGGAAUAGUGGUAGUUCUAUAGAGAAUGGGGAUAUAGCUCUUCCUGAACAUACUACCAAAUCUCCACAUUAUGAUAGGUACUUUGAACAAGAAGCUCGGAGAGUCAACGGUUGUAUUCACCCACAAGGCGGCGAAACGCGCACACAGGCUGUCAGCCGCCAUCUUAAUACAACUAUCCAACCUGACACAACAGGUGAUGCACCAGAAAUUGACCAGGAUAACAUGUUCAACCCUUAUAUGAUCCUACCUCACCACGAGCCCUUCGCAAUGGCAGUGGUAAACAGGGAACCAUAUGGGUCCCCAAACCAUAGCAACGUCUACACCCCACAAAACACGGCAUGGCUGUCCGCAAUCAACAACGCCCAAAAUUCAAUCCUCAUUCAGACACCAAACAUGAACGCAGAACCUCUAAUAGAACCUCUCAUUAACGCCGUUCGCCGCGGCAUCGUGGUAUCCUGCUAUCUCUGCCUUGGCUACAAUGACGCAGGCGAGCUCCUCCCAUUCCAAAAUGGAACAAACGAAAUGACCGCAAACAGGAUGUACAAUUCCCUGCAAACCGAGGAAGAGAAAUCUCGUCUGCGAAUAUGCUAUUAUGUCGGCAAGGACCAGACUCGUCCGAUUCAUAACAGCUUCAAGAAGCGGAGCUGUCAUAUUAAGUUGAUGAUCGUUGAUGAGCAGAUUGCGAUUCAAGGAAAUGGAAACCUUGACACCCAGUCAUUCUUCCACAGCCAGGAAGUCAAUGUUCUUAUUGAUUCCAAGCUUGUUUGUCGGGCUUGGACGGAGUUGAUCAACCGUAACCAAAAUACUGCCAAAUACGGCGCUGCAAGUACAAAGGAUGGCUGCUGGCAUGAUCCCGAAACUGACAAGAUUGCGGUGGGCUCGAUUGGGCCUGUGCCGGUCGACAUAGUAAACUAUGUCUACCAUUCCUCCCUCAAUCAAGAUGACGAAGCGAUUUGGAAAUGCGCGCGGACAGCUCUGCUGGAUGCAAUGGGCUGUGCCAUCGAGACAGCAGCGACAAGCACCGAGUGCCGAAAGCUGCUUGGUCCCGUGGUCGAGGGGACAGUCGUGCCGGAUGGAUUCAGGGUUCCAGGAACGGAAUUGCAGGUCGAUCCCGUGAAGGGGGCUUUUGAUCUAGGCAUCCUGAUUCGGUACUUGGAUCAUAACGAUGCGCUUGGUGGUGCGGAGUGGGGACAUCCUUCAGAUAACCUCGGUGCUAUAAUCCCCGUCAUGGAUUGGCUAUCGCGUGCAAGUUUGUCUGGUCGACGGGUUCAUGAUGGUCCACCGUUGACGAUCCAGACGCUGCUCAUCGCAUUGGUCAAGGCGUACGAGAUACAAGGGUGUUACCAAAUGCGGAACGCGUUCAAUGCCUAUGGAAUUGAUCAUGUGGUACUAGUGAAAUUGGCUUCGGCUGCUGUUGUUUGUUGGUUGCUUGGGAUGACAGAUGAACAAGCCAUGGCGACUAUUUCUCAUGUUUGGAUGGAUGGCCACCCGAACCGGGUGUAUCGAUCCGGUGCAAAUACCAUCCCGAGGAAAGGGUGGGCGGCAGGCGAUGCGGCGAGAAGAGCUGUGCAGCUGGCUCUACUGGUGCAGGAUGGCCAGCCUGGUUCGGCAGGGGCGUUGAGCGCGAAGCCGUGGGGGUUUUGGGAGCGAACUUUUGGCGAGGAGGGAUUUGUACUUCCACGACAAUUUGGGUCGUGGACGGUGCAGAAUGUGCUGUUCAAAAGUAUGCCCGUAGAAGGACAUGCGAUCUCGGCUGUCGAGGCAGCCGUUUUGCAAGCGCGUCGAUUUCGGCAGAGGGGGCUGUCUGAUCCUCUCAAACAGAUCCGGCGAAUAGAUCUGCGAACGACUGCUGCUGCCUUUUUGAUCGUCAACAAACAUGGGCCGCUGCAUAAUGCUGCUGAUCGUGACCACUGCAUUCAGUAUGUGGUUGCCUUGACUUUUUUGAAGGGUAGUCCGCCAGAGGCUGCGGACUAUUUAGAUGAGAGCCCAUGGGCGAAUAGUGAGGAGUUGGAAGUCCUGCGAGAAAGGAUCGUGGUGCAGUCUGACCCUAAGUUCACGGAGGACUACUUGGAACUGGACAAGAGGAGUAUUGGUGCAGGGAUGACGGUCCAUCUCGCAGAUGGGUCCUCAUUGCCUCAAAUACUGAUUGAGUAUCCUGUAGGACAUGCGCGAAAUCCCCAAACACCAGCUGCGAUACAAGAGAAGUUCUUCCAAAAUAUGGGGCUUAUGUUCUCUGCAACAGAGAUCGGUCGGGUAUUGGGUGCUGUUCAAAAUCCAGAUACCUUGAUCUCGGAUUUCAUAGAUCUGUUUAUGCAGCCAUUGGCCAAGGCAAGAUGGUAG